GUGUCGUGUUGACGUUUUUUUUUUCUCUUGACGAUGGAUUAUUCACCUGCAGUCGAGCCAGUGGGAUGAUAACCCGACAGAUAAUCCCUCGUUGAGCACUGACAGCAUCAGCCCAGUCCAGGCAGGUCCACCUGCCCGCUGACACGUUUGACUUUGACGGAGCUCGUUACACAACUGAAGACAUGAGCGGGAGAGUCGGAGACCUCAGUCCCAAACAAGCUGAAGCUCUGGAGCUGUUUCGAGAGAAGAUUCAAGACAUUCUUCCUUUGCUUCCCUUGCAACAUGACCACUUCCUGUUACGCUGGCUCAGAGCGAGAAACUUCAACGUGCAGAAGUCUGAGGCCAUGCUGCGAAAGCAUGUGGAGUUCAGGAAACACAUGAAAGUGGACAGCAUCAUCACAGACUGGCGCCCCCCAGAGGUCAUUGAGAAGUACCUGUCGGGAGGGAUGUGUGGCUAUGAUCGCGAAGGAAGCCCCAUCUGGUACGACGUCAUCGGCCCAGUGGACCCCAAAGGCCUCUUCCUGUCUGCAUCCAAGCAAGACUUUAUCAAGUCCAAAAUCAGAGACUGUGAGAUGCUGCAGAAGGAAUGUACCUUGCAGUCACAGAGGCUCGGCAAACACGUGGAGGCCAUCACUAUGAUCUACGAUGUCGAAGGGCUAGGUCUCAAACACUUGUGGAAGCCCGCCAUUGAGACCUACGGAGAGAUCCUGCAGAUGUUUGAAGACAACUACCCAGAAGGCCUGAAGAGGCUGUUUGUCAUUAAAGCGCCAAAGCUCUUCCCUGUGGCCUACAACCUCAUCAAACACUUCCUGAGUGAGAACACGCGGCAGAAGAUCUGCAUCCUCGGAGGAAACUGGCAGGAGGUUCUGCUCAAGUACAUCGAUGAAGAAGAGCUGCCGGCCAUUUACGGGGGGAAACUGACCGACCCAGAUGGAGACCCACGCUGUCGGACCAGGAUCAACCACGUGGGUCCGGUCCCACCGUCCUACUACGUACGGGACCAUGUGAAAGUGGAUUACGACCAGUGUUUAACAGUCAGCCGAGGCUCCACACAACAGCUGGACUAUGAGAUUCUGUUCCCUGGCUGUGUCCUCAGGUGGCAGUUCAGCAGUGAAGGUGCCGACAUCGGGUUUGGGAUUUUCCUAAAGGCCAAGAAGGGCGAGUGGAAAAAAGCAGCUCAGAUGGAUGAGGUUCUGCCAAGUCAGCGCUACAACGCCCACCUGGUUCCUGAAGAUGGAUCUCUGACCUGUGAACGCCCGGGAGUCUACGUGCUACGGUUCGACAACACCUACAGCAUUUUCCAGGCCAAACGCAUCAGCUUCAGCGUGGAGAUUCUGCUGCCUGACCAGAUGCAGGUCAACAAGGCGACCGGGGUUAACAAGCAGACGGAAUGUGAAAGCAAAUCAGUGGCAGACAUAGCAGCUCGGGCUGAGUGAUGCACCAGAACAAAAGAAUUUGGGAAAAUGAAGUGCUGCCUUUCAGAGGGACCAGAACCAGGUCAAGAUGCUGAAGGAGAUUGAACCUAUAUGUCUGCCGUCUCUUGAGAGACAAACAUUUUGAGUGUAAAUUAAGUCAAUGAUUCCUUGAACACGAACGCAGAACACGAGACUAUGAGUAACUGGAGUAGAAAUCUAUAAAUAUUUAACUUUGUUUUUUCAGCCAAAGUAUUUCAGGGAAAAAACAGGUUUAUUUUAGAGAAACACAAUCAUUGUUUUUCAGAUUUUAUGUUUUUUUUGUGCUUGUCUAUCUAUAUAUCUAUAUAUAUUUAUAAAGAUGAAUGCCAUUUCAUUUUUAACACUGUAUGACCAACCCCUAAUAAUUAAGCCAGCUGGUGGUGUUUGACUUCAAUGUUGAAAAAAGGUGACUGUGUAAAUGGUUUCAUUAAUGUUGUCGCAUGUCAGCAUUUCAUCAAAUUCUAUUUCCAGCUGCUUCACUUGAAACAACAACCUAACAUUUUAUUUGUUAAAAUUGUCAUGAAGAUGCGGUUGGAUGUUUACGCCUUAGAAAUGUCGCUCCACAUUGCACAGCAUUCUUGUGACCAUCAGGUCAAGACCAAAGAAUGAAGAGAGUGAAUACGAGUGUCGUGAUGUUCAGACUCCUUUCACCUUCCAGGACCACUGAGAUUUACUUGAAUAUUCGCUCAGAACUUGCAGAGCUUGAGCCGUCACGUGUUGUUUUACAUGAGAAGCGUUGCUAUCAAGUGGCCUUGUAAGUGUCCUCCCCAUCUCACUUGGAUGAUGAUGAUGCUCUAUUAUCACUCUGUGUAUGUAACAUAUGUGCCAUUUAACUUGAAUCUGUUGCACUGAAAGUUUAGUAUUUAUUUCUCUAUGAUGAAAAUAGAAGGAUUUAAAAGGUUUUUCCGUUGAUUUAUGAUAAAAAACGGUGUCUGUCGUUAAAACAACUGUCUCAACUUGUUAUUUACUAAAUGCCUCGCAUAUAUAUGCAAACCUACCGUCGGCUGGUCCCUUGAAUAAGAGUUUUAUGACCUCAACUGGUAAUAAACUUCAAAUAUG